CUUGGGUUCAUUACUAUGCAAAUGAGGGGCGUGGCUGAAUGCCCCCCACUUCUUUCCUCGCCCUCUGCUGCUUCCUACCGCUAAUUACCCGCUGCCGUCGGUGGAGGUGAGGGGUCAAGGAGACGUCGGCAGCCGCCUGGCCUCGUCCCCCCCCCCCCCCCGUCACAUCGGAUCCCGGCCUUGUGCCCCCCCCGCCACGGCUGGGAACGGCCCAGGAAGGACAGGGCGGCACGUGGAGUGGGAGCAGACACGUGGUGGUUUCCCGUCCUUCCCGCAUCCUUGGGAUCGGGUAUAACUGGGCACCGGUUGCGGGGGAAGGAACGACGAGAUGGCGGCGGUGCUGGCUGUGGUGCUGGCGGCGGUGCUGGCGGUGUGCGGGGCUGAGUGCCCGACCGCGGCCGAUCUGAAGCCGGACAACGGCACGCAGCUCUGCGCUCAGCUCUACACCCAGAACAGCGUUUACUACGACGAAUGCUGCACCGGCAGUUCGCUCAGCGUGCUUCCAGAUGACGACGUCCCCUACAUGCCCACGGGUUGGUCCGGCAAAGUCUCCUCGUUGGUGGUGGGAAAGCGUUGCGAGCUGAAGGUCUGGUCCAAGGCUGGGAAGUCAGGCACCAAAAAGACCUUUUCGGCAGGCUCUUUCCCGAGGCUGCAGGAGGUGCGAAGGGGGCUCUUCCUGAACUGGAAUAAUGCCAUCAGGUCCUACUACUGUAAGUGCAGCUGAGCAGGGCACAGGGCCGCUCGGGGCUGCUCCACGCAGCGUGGGGUCAACGUGGGGUAGAACCAGUCAAUGUGGGUCAACACCAGUCAACGUAGGUCAACAUGCACCAACAUGGGGUAACAUCAGUCAAUGU